GACACAAUCUUACACACGCACGAACUUUUAGUUAUUUCUUUGUUUGAAAUGUUACUAAAGAUUAAUUUAAUUUUUAAUUAAGUUCAAGUGCAAUGUUUUAUGUUUUUACAAAAUGCCAGGUGUAAGAAAAUAUCGUCGUGACACAAGUGAAGUCAGUUGUUGUUUAAAAUAUGUAAUUUUUGGUGUAAAUGUUUUGUUCUGGUUAGUGGGCUUAAUAGUCCUCGCUGUGGGUGUGUGGUCUUGGACGGAAAAAGACACCUUCAACAACUUGUCGCGCCUUACAAACAUAGCUUUAGAUCCAGCAUUCAUACUCAUAUGUGUUGGCACAAUAACAUUCAUAAUUGGCUUCACUGGGUGUGUUGGUGCACUUCGUGAAAAUACUUGUUUGUUAGCUUGUUAUGCUGUGUUUUUGGCACUUCUGCUACUUGCAGAGAUGACAACUGGAAUCCUGUUCUUUGUCUUCAAGGACUGGAUAAAACAACAGGCCACGACUGGAUUUCAAACGUUCAUCGUCCACUAUAGAGAAGACCCCGAUCAACAGAACAUGAUCGAUUGGAUCCAAGAAGAAUGGCUUCAGUGUUGCGGUGUCGAGGGUCCCAAGGAUUGGGACAGGAACGCGUACUUCAACUGUUCGAGUGGGGCGGCCGGCGCUAGGGAGGCGUGCGGCGUGCCCUUCAGCUGCUGCAGGAAUAAGCCCCAGGACAUCAUAAGGAACAAGCAGUGCGGAUAUGACGUCAGAAAGUCGCCCGACACUUUAGAAAUUGCUAAGAUAAUAUACGAUAAAGGUUGCCUCGAAGCCGCCGAGGAGUGGUUCGAACACAACCUGUUGAUUGUAGCGACUUCGGCUGUAUGUAUCGCUUUUGCACAAAUCCUGGGUAUAUGCUUUGCUCAGAACCUACGAGCGGACAUCUUCGCUCAGAUGGCGAAGUGGCACUGACAAUCAGCCUCUCCUGCAGCGGUGUGACGCGACCGCCGCGCCACCGUUCCCUACGCGAUGCUCUGCGGACACGCACCGAUCGAUUCUGAACUCUGACGUUCAGGAAUCGUACUCUUAACGUACAAGACACAUGGCCGAAUGCCGUUCGGUUGUUGUCACGCCAGAAUUUGCAAGCUCGAGGCGGGACCGUAAAUUGUAAGUUUUUCUGCAAGACGAAGGUGUUAUCAAUCGAAAUAUAUUGAAGACUAAAUUCAGAAUACUUUAUAUGUGACGUCAUUACCCUAAAACCAUUUAUUAUGUCUGUAUUAUUUUGUUAUAUAGUAUAUAACAUUGUUACACAUUCAACAAAUAAAUAGAACUAAGUUAUGAGGUACGAAUUCCAUUUGUAUUUGUUGGUAAGGAAACCAGCAACAGUCAUUUGAUUACUUUUUGAUGGAUCCCUUUGUCUAUAUACAAUGAACUAAUUGGAUGAAAAAACAUUUGACAGUGACAUUUUGUACUAGGAAAUUGCUUCUUUUUUUUUUAAAUUUCCGCUGACACUGUUUAAUGGAAUUCGCCGGGAAACACGCACAUUAAUAAAGUAAAUUUUUUAUAUUGCUCGUUUAUAUACGACGUUAAUGUUGUGAAGAGAUAAUGUAAUUAUUUAUAUGAAAGUUUUAGCCAUACCGUAAGUGAUUAAUGUGAAGAAAAAAAAACUAAUUACCUUCCAAUGAAUUGUUCUGUCGUUUCUCUUCUUCAUAGGUCCCUUGUUGUCUGUCACUAAUGUUUCACGUCUUGUGUUAUUCCGUCUAAAAAUUUUAAUAUUAGAUUGUCAAAAUGCGUUGGUGGGACCGAUUGGUUCUGAAAAACACAAAUAGUUAUGUAAUUUAAAUGUUUAAUUAAAAACAUGACAGUUCUGCCAACUUUAAAAAAAAACAAGUAUAUGGGGUCAUUCGGGAUGAUGUUAAGCCUCCUUUUUGGGCGGACGUGUGAUAAAUUACAAACGAGUUUGCUCAUUUUACGCAAAUCGAUUUCUAAACCAUUUCAUUCAAAGAAUUAGAUGAAGUGUAUUUUUGAAUUCAGAUUUCGGAGCCGAUCGUGUCCUAGAGAGUGAUGUGUUCAAUAAUUGCCAACAUUAGCCUUAAAGGGAGCUGUGAGAUGAGUUAGGUCGUGGAAUUUUAGAGUAUUGUACAUUAUGAAAGAUUAUUAUAU